AAAAAAAAACGCGCGAAGAAAUUCGAACCAAGAAAGAUACCUAGUUCCUCUCAGCCUAUCUAAGCCCACUUCAGCAACACAACACAAAAAACGCUGUGUUUGUUUAUACACAGCGCACACCCUUCAAUGAAAAGAAUUGCAGGCUUUCUGGCAGAACCAAUUUCGUUCAUCCAUCGCUCGACACUCGACUCCGCUUCCCUGGUCAGCGAGACAUCCAUUCCAUCGGUGACCGAAUAAGGCGGCCGCGCCCUACUUUUGGCGGCCAAAGGUGGUUCUUGUUUUCAGUCAGGCCGCUUCCGGUUCUUCUUCCUCCCGUCUCGCUUUCCGGUUUGGGAGGGAGCGUGGGUGGCGAAGUGGAUGCCGGCUGUUUGCGAUGGUUCGCUUCCUGCAGAUCCGCCAACGAGCCCCGCUCCCCCUUUGUGGAAACUGUCCGGCUGUGCAGGCAGAAGCUUCUCCAUACUCUCUAGUUGACAUCUGCUUGAAUGUCUUGGUUGCUGAUCUGGCAAAAUUCUGUACAGAAAGGCCAGAUGGAUCACUGUGCUUGAAAGAAUCUCAGAGGCUUCCACAAGAAGUAGCUGAUCGAUUGCUGCAAACAAUGGCUUAUCAAGAGUUGUUAAAUGAUGGUACUGUGGGCAUUUUCCAAGGCAACCAAACCCGUUUGAAGCAAGCUUGCAUCCGCAAAGCGAAAAUCUCAGCCCAGUCCUUCAAGAAGGCGUUCUGCCAUCAUAAACUAGUACAGCUGGAUGCUGCAGGAAUGAAUGAAACUGUUACCAUUGCAGAUGUUGUGAGUGGAUUGGGAAGCAGUAAAUGGAUCCAGAACAAUCUCCAGUGCCUUGUCUUGGACUCAUUAACUCUUUUUCCUACAAAUUCGUGUGAAAGAUAUUUUAGUCAGUUCCACGGCCUUCGUUCUUUGAGUAUUACAAAUGUGUUGUUCGGGGAUGAACAUCUAGCAGACGUUGCUACCCUGCCAAGAUUAGAAAGCUUGAACAUAUCCAACACUUCUGUUAAAAACAUAUCUGCACUCCUCACCUGCAGGAAUCAUCUGAAAUCUCUAACUAUGUACAAUUCGAAAUGUUUGAAAAUGCCUACCCCAAAAUUCUUAGAUGUCAUAAGAGGACUAAAGUAUCUGGUUCACCUUGACAUCUCAGACGAUCAGCAUUCUGGAUCCGAGAUUGCCUUUUGUUUGCUAAAUCAAAAAGACAUUCUGCCUAAUCUUGUAUCGUUGGACAUUUCAGGGAACAAAUCUAUUACUGAUGAAGCCGUAGAAGCGUUUGUCAGACAGCGGCCGCGAAUGCACUUUAUAGGUUUGUUAGGCACAGCAGCUGGAUUCACAGAGUUCCUUUCAGGACAGGGAAGCUUGAAGGUAUCAGGAGGAGAAAAUGAAAUGCAGAUUUUCGAAGCUCUGAAACGCUAUAACGAAAGGCCAGUAUUUGUGAAGGAGGCCUUCUUCCAUCUUUUUCUGCAAACCUGUUUUAUGAAAAUUACAAAGCCUGAAAUUUUAAAGCUUGUGAUUAUUGGAAUGAAGAAUCACCCUUUGGAUUUGGCAGUACAGUUGACUGCUAGUUCCUGUGUCCUUAAUUUAACUAGGCAAGGCCUAGCAGCAAGCGUUCCUGUUCGUCUGCUCUCCAGUGUAAUUCAGCUGCUUCUUAAAGCCAUGGAAACAUUCCCUGAACAACGGCAGCUCCAGAAGAAUUGCCUCCUUUCAUUAUCUAGUGUCCGGAUCCUCCAGGAUGUUCCAUUUAAUAGGUUUGUGGCUGCCAAAUUUGUUGUUCAGUGGCUUUGUAAUCAGGAGAAUCAACAUAUACAAAGAAUUGCAGUUAAUGUAAUCUCUAUUCUGGGACUUAAGCUUUCAGAUGAGCAAGCAGCACAACUUUCUGCAGAAUUCUACAUUGUUGUUGGGAAACUGCUUGAAAUAAUUGAACAAAAAACAAAUCAGACUGAAUUAGAUGCAACUUUCCAUUUUACACUUCGUGCGCUUUGGAAUCUCACAGAUGAAGCUCCAACUAUAUGUGCACACUUUAUGGACCACAGAGGACUGGAUCUUUUCUUGAAAGUUUUAGAGAUUUUUUCUUCUGAUUCAUCUAUACAACGCAAAGCUCUUGGCCUCCUGAACAACGUGGCGGAAGUGAGAGAGCUGCAUCCCAGGCUAAUGCAGAAGGACUUUGUGGAUCAUGUCAGUGAACUUCUGAACAGUGCUGAGAUAGAAGUCAGCUAUUUUGCAGCUGGGAUUAUGGCCAAUUUGAUAUCUAGAGGUGAAGAAGCCUGGACAUUGUGUCAAAAACUGAGAAGCUCUCUUAUUGAAAAGCUGCAUUCAACCCUUUUGAAGUGGCCAACACCAGAAUGCAAGAUGAUAGCACUGCCAGCUUAUAGGUCCCUCAAGCCAUUUUACCCACUGCUUGACUGCUUUACAUUACCUGGAGUACAGAUCUGGGCUGCGUGGGCUAUUCUGCAUGUCUGCUGCAAAACCCCUGCCAAAUACUGUGCAAUGUUAAUACAAGAGAAUGGACUCCAGCACUUAUAUAAUAUCAAAGAAAACAACCAGAGUGAUCCUGAUGUCCGGUAUUUAAUAACUAAGAUAUUAAGUUAUGUGGAAACUCAUGUGAAGUAUUACGGGAAGCCUAAACAUCUAAAAGAGCUACAAGGCCAUUCAGAUUGAUAACUCAGGUCAUAUCUUUACUUCUACCAUAUAGUGUUGACAUAUGUACUGGUGAUCUCUUUCACAAUCCUUUUUUUUUUUAAAUCAAGAUGGCCCUUCUUGUAACUUUUUCAAGUCUUCUGUAACUAGCUUUAACUUAUGGCUCUUGUAUAUUGACAAAUGGGGCAGAGGACCAACUCUAAAGAAAAUUGGGUUUGUUUCUACUAAAACAAUGAGUCUGCAGCAAACAAUCAGGUCAGUCACAAACCACAGUUAUGAACUUGUGCACGUCCAAAGAAGAGAUUCCAGCUUUAGUCUAUUGUACAUAAAUGUUUGCCAUGAUUUAAGCAUAAAUCACUUUGUUACUGUAUAUUUUUUUGGGGUAUGCAAAGUAUUUUUCUAUGAGUGGGAAAAACCUUUCAAGAGACUUUUUACGUUUUAUCUAAAAAAAAUGUUCAGUGAUGGUAUUUCAAACUGACUGCAUGUUUCCGUUUUCAAGAAAAUUGGUCAUAAUCCAAAAUAAAGCUUUCAUAAGAUCAAAUGCACUAGAUGGUAGCUAAUGAUGUAGAAGUGAGUUUCAUUUUUGCUGUUCUUAUUGGUAUCAUUGAGUGUAACAUUUACAUUCUCCCAAAGUGGAUGGCUUGGAUUAAUUGGUGUAAGAAAAAUACAGUAGAUGGUGCAUUUAUCUUAUGGGAAGUUACAGUUAAAGCACUAUAGCUGAGGAAAAAUGGGGAAGGGAAAACUUUAUGAGGAAAAAUCAUAAGCUAAACUAUCUCACACACUCUAGAAUAAUGUUCGUUGUUGUUGUUAGUUGUGAAGUCAUGUCCGACCCAUCGCGACCCCAUGGACAACGUUCCUCCAGGCCUUCCUAUCCUCUACCAUCUUUGGAGUCCAUUUAAGCUCAUGCCUGCUGCUUCAAUGACUCCAUCUAGCCACCUCAUUCUCUAUCAUCCCGUUCUUCUUUUGCCUCAAUCUUUCCAAGCAUUAGGCUCGUCUCCAGUGAGUCCUUCCUUCUCAUUAAGUGGCCAAAGUAUUUCAGUUUCAUCUUCAGGAUCUAGCCUUCUAAAGAGCAGUCAGGGUUGAUCUCCUUUAGGACUGAUUUGUUUGUUCGCCUCGAAGUCCAAGGGACUUGCAGGAGUCUUCUCCAGCAUCAGAGUUCAAAGGCCUCAAUUCUUUGGUACUCAACCUUUCUUAUGGUCCAACUUGUGUUGUGUUAAUUAUUGCUAAGUAGGGUGCAUUUUGACCAUAACUCAUUAAUGGAAAGGGAAAAAGUCAGUGUAGUCAAAUAUUUUGAUUUUUUAUACUGCUAAUUAUUAGUCACAGCUUAUUUCAAUUAAAGACCAGUAUAGAACGAACAAUUAUUGCAAAAUGGGGCCUAUUUGCAAUGUAAGAACAAGAAUUUAUGGAUUUUGUCCCCUGGUUUCAGAAAGGUCUCUAGAUCCUCUAAGCACAACAUUCCUGGAUGUUCUCACAACUCCUAGGAAAACUCCAUCCACUUUCUUUCAAACAAUGCCCUUUUCUGUGCUGGUUUACUUAGGAAAAGGAAAAUAGAAAAAAAACAAAAACAACCCUUCUGUUCUGUAGCGAAAUGACUGG